UUUGCAAGAUACGAGCAUACUACUUUACCUUCUUUACCAAAGAUUAUUAUUACCAGCUAUCCGAGAUAACUCACGAGCCAGUCGUCGCGCGCGUCCCUAUUAGGCACGAACGAAAUACCAAAGGAGUAUAGUGGAAAAAUAAUGUCGGCCAUCGAGGAUAAAGAGCUGGAGAAGAUCGUCUUACAGUGCGCGGCUCCAGGCGCUAAAAUCGUCGGCUAUCGGCUCGAACCGUUCUCAAGCACCAGGAGUGGUAUAAUGGGAAAUCACUAUUCUCUGAGCAUCGAACUCGAGGAAGUCAGCUCGAAGCGCCGUACUCUCGGCUUCUUCGUAAAACGACUGCCCGAGUGGUCGAAUCUACGCGACAGCGUCUUCGACGAGUUGGCCUUCUACGAGGAGAUCAAGUUCUACAGCCACGUGCAUCCUGACAUGAGGGGCUCGGCCAAAUGGUCGCCGGCGUGCCACUUCGCCAUGUCCGACACCCUCGUACUCGAGGACCUGCGCUCCCAGGGCUACGCCACGCGCUCCAGCAGCAUCUACGACGAGGCCACCUUGAGCGCGGCCGUCACGACCCUCGCGCAUUUUCACGCGAGCUCGAUCGUCGCGGAGCGGAGGCUCGCCAAGACGCUGGACCGCGCCUAUCCCGAGGCCUUCCGCGAGAAGAUCUUCACCGACGUCGGUAAAGGCGGCCGCUCGACCAAGCUCGGCUUUCAUACUCUCGAGCUGCUGGCGGAGAGAUUUCAACUAGAUGGCGCCGAGGUGCCGAGGAUCUUGAAACGAAUUUACGAGCUUGUGAAGCCAAUAGCAGGUGGCUGCAACACCUUGUGCCACGGCGAUCUCUGGCGCGGCAAUAUCCUGUUCAAGGACAGCGUCGAUGGCCCCGAGUGCCUCCUAGUGGACUUCCAGAUGCUGCGUUACGCGUCCCCGUGUCUCGACCUGGCCAUGCUUCUGUACGUGCACGCGAACCCGGAAACGCGCGCGCGCUCCGAGUGCCUGAUGCUCGAGCGCUAUUGUGCGACCUUCAGGGAGGCGGUGGGCGAAGUCGGGACCGACGUACCGGAUUGCCGGCGGAUCAUGGAAGAUUACAGGGCCCGGAGGAUCGUCGGCAUGGCUUGCGCGGCUUUGAGAUGGCCAGCAGCCGUUGUCGCUAACCUUGGCGACUCUCGGGCUUUGGAGUCCUGGUACUUUGGCAGUCGCAUCGAGACUUAUUGCUCACUCAUGGACGCGGAUCGCGUGUUCGAGGCGACGAUGAGGGCCUGCUUGGUCGAGCUCAUCGAUGAGGGCAAGCGAAUAGCUAAUUAUGAGUUUGCCGAGCAUUAGUUGCGGAAUACGUCGGUUAAAUGAAUAAUCGCUUUCGUGUAAGGAAUGUCUUGGGUUCCGUAAACUUGUCACGAUACUUACGCAUACGUACUAUCGAUUUCCCUCUUGGUCGUCCUUUCAAGGAAAUUAGCAUAAUGUUCGCACAGCGUUACGCAUAGUAUAUUAUUGUAUAAGAAAGGCUCGGCGAUGAUGUUCGACUUAUUACUUUGUUGUACUUGACAAGCUGAUUAGAUCGAAUAAUCCUGUCUGGUUAAGUCUUCCAGCAGCAAUGGGACGAGUCAACUUUAGAAAC